AUGAGCUUUUCGGGAAGUGAAGACGAUUAUCAAAACGAUGACGAGACGAGCUCCGAAGAAGAAAGAGAUAAUUUGUCCGACGAUGAUCUCGGUGCUAUCAAAAGGCCACGAAGAACUGAGGUGAGUGAACACUUGAUAAUGGAGCUCGAGAUGGCCAAUCAGUUGCUCGUUCCAUAUAAAGAAUCGAAGGUCCUCGAGCUUAAUGAUUAUCACUUAGUGAUCACAUUGCCAAUUGACUUUAUCAAUAAACGAUUUCGCGAAUGGUGGGGACUAUCGGAUCCGUGUUUGCGAAUUUGUUUGGCCUUCAAUCUUGCGAAAUACCGUCUCGGCGAUGUGCCUGAGGCAACCGCAUCACUGCCAUACACGAAAAGGAACCUUGCAAUGGGAGCUAUUGAAACGUUCAUCAAGGACGACUUGACGAAAUAUUGGAGUGUGAGAAGCGAAGAUGAACAAAUCGGUGAUGACAGCUUUUUCGCGGCAUUCAUCGAUCGGCUAGCUACACGAAUGAAAGAAUUGGGAAACUAUUGCGUGCAAUGCGGGAUUCAACAUUUGGGCGCUCAUCCGCUGCUUUCUGUUUGCGAUCACCCGCUUUGCUACUUUCAGAGAGAUCGUUUAAGACAGACUUUCGAGUACUCCAUGGGACCCCGUCUAUGGGCCGAUUCGGCACAAUUGCUCAACUUUUUGUUCUUCCAUGCGAAUGAUUACCGACGAUCACUAAUUUGCAAGCCCGAUCCGUUAGAUGAUGUGGAUCUCAAAGAAAAAUUUUUUGAUCAAAAAGGAAUCGCAACUGCUCUCAGGGGAUAUUGUACACGCUGUGUCUUCUCGACGUGGGAGAACUACGAGAAAUUUCGUGACGAUCCACUCACAAAGAAGAAAGCUGAUCUUCUUUAUUGGUUAUCCGAUCGUUUCCCAGUAAUUUGCAGAUUGCCUCCUCGUUUCCGAGUCAACGCGAUGAGCACAACCCAUCAAUAUGUUUUGCCACCGGUUCCGUCGGAGAAAGAAUCACGCUUUCAGGCUAGACUCGCGGCGGUUAAUGGCAACAAAUUCUACGCAUUCCACGGAUCGCCCGUCGAGAACUGGUACAAGAUUUUGUGUGAGGGUUUGAUCGUUUGCUCGGGGACAAAUUUGCAAUUGGUUGGAGCUGGACCUGGAAGAGGAAUUUAUCUCGGAAAAGAACCACAAACAUCGGAGGGUUACGCUCGAGGACACUCAACAUGCUCGCCACGAUACUAUUCAACGAACGAUUCGGCGGUCGAGUGCCGAAAUACUGAACAUUAUUCUAGGAACAAACAUAUGCGACAAGGAACAUAUUGUUUGGCGCUCGUUGAAGUUGCCAAUGAUCGAAGCAAGUAUCAAGACCACCGAUGGUGUUACGUAGUACAAGAUCCGGAUAUUCUUCAAAUUCGUGUGCUUUUCAUCUAUGUUUCUGGGUCGGCAAUCUCAAAACUUCCGACCAACAAUUUCUCGGCCAACCAUCCGGAUAUGUUGAAAGUUCAAGAGGCGAUGAACUUUUUCAUCCACGGGGAUUUCCACGAACGUUUGGCUGCUAGGCAAGCACGGCGACGUGAAUGGAUGGAUAGGGCCAAGAAGGAGCGCAAGCUGGAGUGUGAAGAAGAGCAAAUCCAACAAUGUGCCAUCAAGAACCCAUUGCUUGCACUCCAUAACCUCAAGGCUCUCAAUCUGGGAGGUAAACGCGAGCCUGAGAAUAACACAAAUACAAAGGACGAGAAGAUGACGAAGAUAAGGCAAACGCACGCCGCAAAAUCGAAAGAUGAGCCGACGCAACCGAGCAACAAGACGCAGACGAAAAAGAGCACGGUGACGAAAGGAAGUGGUGCACCUCGCGUAAAGAAGACGGCCUCUAUGCAUUCUAUGCUUCCAUCGAUCCGCUCCGCGCCGACGAUGACGGUUGAAGUAACUCAAGAGAUGCCAGAGGCGAGCAACAAUGGC